UCUUUCAACUUUAUAUUCUAUAACUUUUGAUGAUUUAGGGGACAGUGACGUUUAAGGAUGUGGCUGUGGGCUUCACCCAGGAGGAGUGGGGCCUCUUGGACCAUCAUCAGAAGGAGAUGUACAGGGAGGUCCUGCUGGAAAAUGCGUGGAACCUGUUCUCCCUGGGUGAGGAAACUUCCCCUGCUGACUCUGAGUCUUCAAUCAAAGGGAAUAUCUUCAUUCUCUGAAGGAGAGAUCAGAAGGGAAGUGAAGAAGACUUCUGCAGAGCUAAGCCUUUUUGUGGAAGAAACUCAUGAGCAAAGAUUCAUGGGUGACAUUCCCUGUGACUUCACUUGGAGAGAAAUCUGUGCUCUUCAUCAGGGAAUCCAUACUGGAAAGAAACCUUAUGGAAGUAGUCAGUGUGGAAAGGAUUUCAGAAGCACCUCUAGUCUUACUGAACAUCAGAGAAUCAAUACUGGAGAGAAAACUUAUGAAUAUAUUCAGUGUAGAAAGGCUUUUAGAAGCAGGUCCACUCUUGCCAAACAUCAGAGAAUCCACACUGGAGAGAAAACUUAUAAAUGUAAUCAGUGUGGAAAGGUUUUCAGAUUCACAUCCAUUCAUAUUGUACAUCAGAGAAUCCACAAUGGUGAGAAGCUGUUUGAAUGUAAUCAGCCUGGAAAGCUUUCAGAGGCAGUUCCAAUUUUGCUAACAUAAUAGAAUCCAUACUAGAGCAAACCCUUAUGAAUGGAAUCAGUAUGGAAAGGUUUUCAGAGGCAGCUCCUAUUUUGCUAACCAUUGGAGAAUACACACCAGAGAAAAAUCUUAUUAAUGUAAUCAGUGUGGAAAAUCUUUCCUAAAGGGGGCCAAUAUUGCUUUACCUGAAAGAAUCCUCACUGGAGAGAUACCUUAGGAAUGCCAUCAGUACGGAAAGACUUUUACACAGAGGGGCUGUCUUACUACAUCCAAGAAUCCACACUGAAGGGAAAUCUUAUGAAUAUAAUCUAUGUUGAAAGGUUUUCAGGAAGAUGCUGAGUCUUGCUGAACAUCAGAACUACACUGGAAAGAAACUCAUAAGUGUAACCAGUGCAGAAACAGUUUCAGACUGAGAUCCGUUCUUAAUGUAUAUCAGAGAAUAAACACUGGAGAAAAA